UGAUUUCUCCAAGAUUAUAUCGAUGGUGGAGUAUUCCACACAGCAGUGGUAACGUGAAGGUUGAGCUUCAGAGGAAACAACAACAACAAGAUUCCAUUUAUCGAGCGCCUUUCACGUCGGGAGGACGUCCCAGGCCACACAGCAGGCAGUGUGCUGAGGGUGACUCUGGACAAGUAAACAGAGCUACAUGUCAGCUACCUAACAGUGACCUCCCCAAAGUAGACUAGCAGAGAAGAGACUGGUGCGAGAGCUCUGCGAAAUAUCAGGAUUUCUCUUUUAAAGUGCAAUCCACUCUCUGUGUGAGUCAACAUGGAUCAUGGGAUGCCUCCUGCCAUCUUGGUUAGUCUGAAUGAUCACCUAGCAGUUUUCAGCAAAGAGGACUCACACUUACGAUGCUUCAUCACCCCAAGCCCUCAAAGCGAAGUAGUUGCCUGCGAGUUUGAAGAGCUAUCAUUGCAGACCAACCAAAACCUACCUCCCUUGAACGAGAGAAAGAAUGUGCUUCAGCUGAGGUUACAGCAGAGACGGACACGAGAACAGCUGGUGGAUCAAGGAAUCAUGCCACCUUUGAAAAGCCCUGCGGCAUUCCACGAACAGAGAAAGAGUUUGGAGCGAGCAAAGACUGAAGACUACCUGAAGCAUAAGAUACGGAGUAGACCAGACAGGUCUGAACUGGUCAGAAUGCACAUAUUAGAAGAGACCUUGGCAGAGCCCUCACUGCAAGCCACUCAAAUGAAGUUGAAGAGAGCUAGACUGGCAGAUGAUCUGAAUGAAAAGAUAGCUCAGAGACCAGGCCCUAUGGAGCUUGUGGAAAAGAACAUCCUGCCUGUAGAUUCCAGUUUAAAGGAAGCAAUUAAAGUUGGUCAGGUGCAAUUCUCUGAUCCCUCCGACAGAUUCUCAUUCGAUGAGGACAGCAGCGAUGCCCUGUCUCCAGAGCAGCCGGGGAGCCAGGAGUCACAAAGCUCAGCUCCUUCUCCUGGGGAAAUGAAAGCCAGCGAAUCCUCCUCUUGUUCCUCGUCACCUAUACCAAACACCAUAAUCCAGUACCACCCACAACCAAUGCCUGACUUCUUGAAACCUGCUCCUCUACCUGACCAACAAACUACACGUUCAGCAGGUAACACACAGUUUAUGAGCACCAGCACCUCAUCCAAACCAACUCCAACAUUAAUAAAGCAAAGCCAACCCAAGAGUGCAAAUGAUAAGAACCGGAGCAAGAAAAGCAAGGAUACCAAACCCAGAGUCAAACAGCUCAAAUACCAUCAGUACGUUCCACCAGACAAAAAGCAUGAGAAAGCCGAACCUCCCAUGGAUACAAACUACGCCCGUCUUCUACAACAGCAACAGCUCUUCCUCCAGCUGCAGAUCCUGAGCCAACAACAGCAACACUACAAUUACCCGGCCAUCCUGCCUGCCCCACCAAAGUCAUGUACCAAUAACCAGACUCUGAACAGCCCCAGCAUGUCGAGUGCUCUGGGUACUAACAGCACAGGAACAUUAUCGAGCUCUGCAGGUGUCACAAGACAUAACAGCAACUUUCCCUGUAGGAAGCUGGCAGUGCUACCCUCCAAUGUGGAUGACUUGAAGGUGGCUGAGCUGAAGAUGGAGCUAAAGUUUCGAGGACUACCGGUGUCUGGGACUAAAACAGACCUUAUAGAGAGGCUGAAAGUGUUCCAUGACACCAUCAACCUUGGAGUUAAUACAGCUGUAGUGAAAGUCUCCAGCUCUUCUGUACGCAAUCAUACAACUGUGACCUUUCCAAUUGCCAAUUUUAGUGGUGUCAUGACUAACACAGAGACAGCAGCAAAUGGUGUGCAACCCUUUGAAAGCCUGAACUCUCCUUCUCCCAUCUCUCCCACUCCCUCGGAGCAGUCCAGUCUGAGCACAGAUGACAGCAACCUCACCGACAUGUUUACAGAACUGGUGACCGUGAUGUCUCCUUCGCAACUCACGAUGCAUCCUUCACCUGUCAAGUUGGCAGUUAAUGAAGACAGCAAGGGGAUAAACAUGGCAACGAGUAAUCUGGCACAUCAAGGUGCCAUUUUAUCAGGUGUGGACGUUAACUCUGCUGAAAAGGACCGGAAACUGCAGGACAAGGAGAGGCAAAUUGAAGACCUCAAGAGAAAGCUUGAGAAUGAGCAAAGGUUAGUGGAAGAACUGAAGAUCCAACUGGAAAUCGAAAAAAGAUGCCAACAGCAGCAGCAACAAUCUGCUGAUCAGAAGCACUUGAAUAGUGUUAUCAAAGAGGAAACCUCCCUCUCCAGCUGCCCAGUUUCAAGACAGUUUGUUACAGCCUCCAACCAAGGUUUCGGCUCUACUAACAUUGCUAACGUUGGGAUGACUGGCCAGACUUCAAUGAAGCAAAUCCCAUUGAUUGUAAAAGAGGAAGUUCCACCAACAGCCGCCAAGCAGCACAAUACAACCUCUCAGCUCUACUCAAGUCCAUCACGACAGACACAGGAUAAGGUUAUCGCACAGGGCCAGCCUCACACUUUACUGACCACUCAGACAAAACCACAGCUUUUACUGCCAUUCCCCAUCCAAACACAGAAUACAAACACCUGCAGCAACUCAAAGCAGCUACAGGCAGUGAAUAUAACCUUACAGUCUCAAUCACAGAUCCAGACUCCAGCUUCAGUACCAGCUCCUGCUCUUGUCCAGCCUUCAGCCCCUCAGAAGCAAGCGCAGAAACAAGAAGCUGUGUCCCACCAUAUUUUCUCCCACCAUCCGCAAAAUAGGAAGGUUUUCACCUCCACCUCAUCAAGCAGUGCAUUCCCCUACCAGAGUCCCAGUACAGCAGCUAUACAGCAAUGUUUCAUGAACAGCUCGACAAACGGAAUGCUUCACCCAAGGAUAAACAGUGUGAGUUCCCUGCAAAAUGGACCCAGCCGAUCAAACAAGUCUGGACGUUCCUCCAGCUCACCAUCUCAGUCGCAGCAACAGCAGUUCCUGGUUCAGGGCUCGGUCUUCAGUAACUCGUUACCGAAAACAAAAGAUCCCCCUCGCUACGAGGAAGCAGUCAAGCAAGUCUGCAAUCUGCAGCACCGCGAGGAAUCCAGUGCACACAGCCAGCAGAUGGAUGACCUUUUUGAUAUCCUCAUUGAGAGUGGAGAGAUUUCACCAAUUGUUAAAGAGGAGCCAUUGCCAGCCACCAAGAUGAGAGCUGUCGUAGCUAACAUAUCCUCCUUGCCAGUAAACACAGUGUUGUCCCGGCCACCACUGCAGGUUCAGAUGGCACCUCUUCCUUUAUCCCUCGAACCAGGAAAUAACUUCACCAUUUGUUCAGAAGAUCAGCUGGAGGCCUUGCUGGAUGGUCCAUUGUCAUCAGGUGCCAAUGUUUCUCCGCUCACAGUGACCCAAGAGGGCACAGAGGCACUUUCUUUAAUAGAGCACCUCCAAAAUGACCUAUUGAAUACAUCCAGCAUUCUUGAUCAACAUCGUUCACCAAUGGAUACCUGUGAUAUGCAUUUCACUACAGAAAGUACCUGCCUGAACCUGGACCUUCCAGACACUAAUUUGGACAAUAUGGACUGGCUGGAUCUGACAAUGCCAGGUUCUAGCACAGGACUUACUCCUGUUAAUAGUACUGCUCCGAGCGUAUUUUCCACUGACUUUUUGGACAGCCAAGACCUUCAACUAAAUUGGGAUUAAUAUAUCCGGGCGUAGUGGCACAUAAGCAAAAUCAAUUUGCGUAGUGGCUCAGAUGUCCAGUAGUGGUCAGUCCUUUGAAGUAGUGAACACCAAACCAAGAUGGGAUUCUCAGAUCCAGUUCAGUUCAUUCUCUCUGGACAGCACAGUGGACGCUAAAGGUUGCGGCAAAACAAUAGCAAGGGAUGUACAUAUGUUUAUUCCUUUCACAAUCUAAGAGAAGCUGACAAUCUCAUCGUUUAGGUCGGGUAAGGUUUUGUACAUUUGUGGAAACUUUAAUUCUAAUUCAGCUAAUGAACAUUUACUGGUCUGAUAGACGUAGUAUGGAAAACGUUAACAAAUUUCUUCUCUGAUCUCAAUGCAAGAGAGUUUUCCUGUGAAUGGCCUGAGCCAAACACAGAGUGUAUUAUUGUCAGAAUUUACUGGACUGCCUGGUUCAGUGAACUUUUAUCUGGGACGGAAGUGUUUCAUUAUUUUGAAUGCAGUCAUGUUUUUGAACUGCUUCAUAUUCUUUUCCUAUCUUGGGAACCUACAUUUUCUUUCAAUGUUUUCUGUGUGUGGUGUUUGAACCCAUUUAAUUAGAAAUGGGAAUUGUGAUUGAGGCAAAAACAUCAAAUUUACCAGGACCAGGAAUACUGAACCUGUGGUUAGUGGCACAUUACAAUAUUUUAUGUACUGUAACUUGGGUAAUUCUGUAAAGCUGUGUGAGUACUAUAUGUCUUUUGUUUCAAUUAACUCUUUGAUGUUGUAAUUGCUAACCUAUAUUGAAGUAUUGGUUGUUUAGUCUGUAAUAUAAUUUUCCCAACAAGUACUCUUGUUCACAAUCAACUGCUUUCAGUGUACAGAAAUGGACAAGAGGCUUGACACUCGCACCAAUCAUGUUUAGUGAAUUUCAGAAAGGAAGUUAGGUUGUAAUAAUGAUUAGAGAAUUCCAAAUGGGAUUCAGUGCCUUUUUAUGGAUAAAUGUUAAUGUGAUCCUACAAGAGACCCAGGAAACGAUUCAGUAACUCUUAGCAUAUUUUGACAAUCUGAACCCAUUGAGUAUUUGUGGAGUUCAUUCCUAAACAAAACCAAGAACGAUUAGGUCAGGCUGAAAUGGAUAUAUUCUUUAAUCAUAAACCAAAUUAGAUUGCAUUGUUUGAAUUGGUUACCCUCGACUUUAAAGAGAGGAUUACUUCUUAAAAAAGUGUUGGAGAAAACCUUUUCAUUUGUUUACCAGGACAUGACACAAAUUGGCACAUGACAUCACAUUGAAUCAAUGAUGCACCAUGUGCCCAAACACCUCACGCUUUGCCAUGCACUGCAGUCAUGUUAUUAAUGAUGUUAGCCAAAGGAUCUUUAAUUAAACAAAAACUAUAAUUUUUUGGAAAACUAUAGGAGAGUUUCGGGUUUCAGAAGGCGUUAGCAGAAUAAUGAAGGAUUGUCUAUAUUUCACAAGUGCUGAUUUGAGGGGUAUGGAAUGUUAACUUACUCAAAGCCUAACUCUGAAUUCGUAAAUAUUCACAUACAGUGUGAAGCCUUUAAUUACAUUUGUAAAUGGAAAUUAAACCGUUGCCUUUAACAGAUCAGGAAUCGACAUGCAAUCGUGAAAGUAAGUAAAUCAGCAUGAACAUAUAAUCUGAUUCAUAUAAUUUAUCUUUCCUGCUGUUUUAAUUGUGGCACUUUCCAGGGUUAAAGAUUUGUAUUCAGAGAGCAUGUGAGGAGCAUUUGGGAGUAUGUGAGGUUGCUUUAAUUGAUCAGUCCAGCCCACAGUAAAAGAAAAUCAGAUUGUUAUGGUCUUGAUAUAUUAAGUUUAGAGUGUUUGGCAUCGGGAAUUCCAACAGUUGACCCAUUUGUUUCAUAAAACCUGUUUCUUGUUUGCAGUGUAAUUACGUUUUACAAUUAGGAUAUUGAACCUUUUAUUGUCGUUUAUGUGGUUGAGUAUGGAAAUCUAGAGCUGUAUAAGGCAAACCAAGUAGCAGAGCAGCCUAAAGGCCAAAUGUUUUACAUUCACAGAACUUCCUGUCAAAAGAACACUAAUUCAUAAGGAAACAUUAGCCUUGAAUAGCUGCCACAAUGUGGCCCGUGGGCCGCAAAGCCCUCAGGACCAUCAAGAAGGCCCUUGCACCCCCUCCCCCCUCCCCCCAACAUUCACACAAGACGAGGUAAAUCCAUGUUGAUGGCAUCAAUCCUAGAAAAUUAUUUUGUUCACCGACCACAAAGGGACCUUAUGAUCAAACUGCUGCUCGGGCUCAGCUACCUCAGUACAAACUAGGGAUGAAAUCAGACCUACAAGAUCUGUAUGGCUCAGUUUCACUCCCAGCAGUGGCUAAACCAUGUGUUCCUUCGGGGGAAGAUUCUGUUUGAGUACUUUUUAUCAGACACAAUGUGACCAGCUUCUUAAUUAGGAGUACAAUAUAAAUCAGCCCAAAUAAGUAUUAUAUAAACAUAGAAUGUAAGCAGAGACAUAAAGGGUGUUAGGACAUCGGGUUUCUAAAUGACAAACAGCGUGUUAGGACAUUGGGUUUAACUGUAUCUCCUUGAAGUGUAUGGAAUUUAUGAAAAACAUUUAAGUGCAAUCUUAGUUUUCAAAAUAUCAAACGGACUUUGCCAAAGAAACAUAAAUGAAUGUUACGUUCUUGUGCCAGAAUAUAUUUUAUAGCUAUUGAUUGGUUAUCAGUUAAAUGUGAUACAAGGCAACCUGAUCAGAAUAGAUUUAGUUUUUACUGUCUCAAGGUUUAAAAGGGCAAAGUAAGCCAAUUAUUUGGCAAACAAGGGAUAUUACAGGAUUAAAUCUUAGUCUGAUAUUCUUAGACGACCCAAAUACCAAUAUACUGUAAUUAUUAAAUGUCAAAUAAAUGCUGGAAGUGUAUUGGAUUUUGUUCUCAUGUGGAAGCUAUUGUGAACACAGAUUUCUUUGUGGUUAAUUGUGCUGAAGUACAUUCCCAAGUGGAAAUUGGUGUGAACUUUAUCUAUCAUAAUUAUGAAAAAUAAUUUUAAAAAGGAAAUGUCAUUUUACCAUAUGAAUGUUACUGCUGCCUGAAAACUUUAUACGGCCAAGAAAUGGCAAGAUUGAAUGUAGUGUCAGUAACAUUCAUUGUUGUUUGAAGAAAAAAUACAUUUUACUGUUGUUUCAUAGCCACUUAUUUUAGAUAGUUACUGCUUAUAUGGUAGGCAUGCUAUUUUGUGUAAAGUGAUUUUAUGUUCAUAGCCACAAUGUCUUAGCAUCACUCCAAAGUUGGGAGUUGUACAUUUUACUAGAUGAUUCAUAUAACCAUUUGGGCCAUUGGGAGGUCCCUAAAGAAUGUAAUGUGUUUCAAUUGAACCAUGAAUGCCUUUGUAUACUGUUUGCACCCAUGAGAUAAAUUCCAUAUCUUGUUUGAAUGCCAUAUGUUUGCACAUUGUAUAUAUAUAUAUGCAUAUUUUUAUAUGUGUACCUGCAAAGUUUUGUAAAUUAGUUGCAGUGUUGUAGCUACUGAUGGAAGUCAUAUUGGCAAUUUUGCAUUACUGUUGUGAAUGAAUAAAACAAAUGUCCUGUGA